UCCUACAGGCUGACAUCGAUUCAUACCAGGCGAGGUAUAUCACGAUACGUUCUUGUGCGCUAUAUCUAACUCUUCUCUGACCCUUCUCUGACCCUUCUCUGACCCUUCUCUGACCCUUCUCUGACCCUUCUCUGACCCUUCUCUGACCAUCCUCUCACCAUCCUCUCACCAUCCUCUCACCAUCCUCUCACCAUCCUCUCACCAUCCUCUCACCAUCCUCUCACCAUCCUCCGACCAUCUUCAGACUCUCUUCUGACGCUCUUCUAACUCUUAUCUGACUGUUCUCGACUCUUCUCGUGUCGUACGAAGCUGAAUCUGGCCCCAAUGAGAAGGAUCAAAGUUGCAGUCGAUAGUUUGAGAGCUAGAAGGUGUGGCUCCACGCGACAUCUUCCCGAAAAUCGUCCACUAUGUCGUGAAUUCGCAGCCAAAGUCACGCCAAGCAUACCUUCCGUGACGGCUCGUGAGAUGCUCGACUCCCAGCGUCGUUCCCAUGUGGGGGACAUCCACCAUCAUCUCCUAACCAGCGGCAUUCUGAAGAUACGCCUCCAGUUUCCCGAUGACGACAGCCAAUACCUGGAGCGCAUAAUACUUAACCUUUGCGCUCAUCACGGACAUGGGCCUCCUACACGCCACAGCGCUUCCCGAGGCUGGUUCUGGGAUGUUCGCCCCAGCUCUGCUGGCCUGCAGACACGAGUUCCUCUCGCACAAUCAGAAACCAUGCAUGAGUUCCAGUGCCACACUGACUGUAGCUACGAGAGCGCACCCCCGAAAUACUUUGCGCUUCAAGUUCUGCAGCCUGAUCGCUACGGUGGGGGUACCCUGUCCCUCAUGACGAUUGCCAAGCUCGCGCAUCACCUGUCCCCGGCUGUACAGAAAGCUCUAUUCGAACCGGAGUUCAAAAUCAAAAUUCCUCCUGAAUUUUCUAAGCAUCCUGAUAAACAGCACAUAAUGGGGAGCAUCCUUGGAUUGGACAAGAUGGAUAAAUCGCUGGUAGUGAGGUUCCGGGAAGACCUGAUAGAGCCCAUGAACCCCAGGGCUGCGGCAGCAUAUGAGGAGCUGAAGGAUGCGUUGAAUGAGCUGGCAAAAAAUCCUCAGUCCAUGUUACACCUGACAGGGACAGACUUACCCGAACAGUCAAUUGUCAUACUGGACAACCAUAAGUGGCUCCAUGGGCGGGAUGCCAUCAAGGAUCCUGCCAGGCAUUUGCGUCGAGUGCGAUGGAAUGCAAUGCCGUUCCCCUCCGUUGGUCAGGGUGGCACGGCGGGCUCUUAGAAAGGGCGGCCUAAGUCUCGGACAGGAAGAUUAGGAAUGUGCUUACUCGAUAUAUUCGUCAACAAGUUGUGCCGCUGCUUCCGCUGUUCAACGUCCACGAGCGUGCGUGAUCAGCUUUGCUACAGUACCGAGUUGGUAAGGGCAUCUUGAAGUUUCUUAAGUGCAAGAGCAGGCAACAUUUACUUGCGAAGGGAACGAGGAUAAAUCAAAUAG